UCGCUCAUCGUGCUUAGACUGAACAAAAUCAAAAGAGAGCCAAACCCAACUCACAGAAUCAGAUCGUACUUAUUAUUCGUUGGUAGAGAAGAGAGAAAUGAGUGACUACGUACCGGUUUGGGUUCGUCCACCAUGUCCAUUCUUCAAAUUCAAGCCCACCGAGGAGGAGCUCAUCACUCACUUAAACCUGAAGACUCUGGGAAAAGAAUCCGAUCUCGAUUCUUACAUUGCCGAGGUCGAUCAUAUCUGCAAGUGGCAGCCAUGGGAAUUACCUCAUUUUUCGAAGAUAGAAUCGAAGACGGAGUGGUGGUUCUUAUGCCGCCCAGAUUACAAGAACAGCCAUAGUAACAGGUCAAACAGGACGACUAAAACAGGGUACUGGAAGAAAACGGGUAGGGAAUGCAACACCAAAGGUUGCGAUGGAAGGAAGAGGAUUUUGGUCUUUCAUGACGGCUCUUCUUCAGGAAAACGAACCGAUUGGGUCCUCCACGAGUACUAUUCUCUUCAACCCAAUGUUGCCUUUUCUCUCCAGAAGCCAGACUAUGUUAUUUGCCGAUUGAAGCGCAAACAUCAGGAGAAGGGCCAAAAUGAAUGUGAAAUGGCAUCUGAUCUUGGAAACCCAUUAGUGUCUACUACACCUACAACGGUUAAUGUUAUAUCAUCCCCACAACAGCAACGCUCACCAGAACUGUGCAACACAGAGGCGUUGCCUGAUGAAGAUAUCUGGGCUCUAAUAGAUAUGCCAGAAUUUAGCUGGAAUGAAUUAGAGAAAUGUUUAGUAUCUGCUGAGAUUACAUAUAAUAGCUCCAACAUGAGAGAUCCAUCAAUGAGUUUACAUGAUGGUCCACUUAGCAGAGACACACAAGCCGUAGAAAUCAAUGAACCGUAUAUUCAAACAUGGAGAGCUGAAGUCCAUUUGGUUCGCUUCUUGGCCCAAAGAAAAUCCCGAGUGUCUGAGUGGUUUAGACAUCAAUUGAAACUCUACAUUAUCUUAUGGAUAAAGAUUCCAUACAAGAAACAACUGUUCCCAUUAUUCAUAAGAGUUUCAAAGUGGAUGCUUCUUCUGCUGGCUAAGCGGCAUUCAAAGAGGAGUUCGGCUGUUUGAUUACUUCAUAAGGAGUAUCAUUAAGUUUUCGUAGCCGAUUUAUAAGUGCGUGUUGAAAUACGCUAAAGAUAGUACAAUUAGCCAUCGCGGCAAGUACUAAGCCCCGAUGAGCUGUAGGGCGCGACAGUCACCGCAAAACUUAAUUAGGUUACAAAUUAUCUUUACCAGUUUUGAAUUGACUGCUUGAUGUCCGGGAAAGGCUACGAAAAGGCUGUUUAGUUCAUUUCCUAGCUAGCAUGCAUGCAACAACUUGCUCUUGCCGUGGAAGCAGUUCGAUAGGGAUGCUUAUUUUCCCUACGAGGACGGGACAACGUGGGACCCGCCCCUAUUGGGGUGGGGAAUCCCGUUUAAAUAGGGAACGGGACGGGGAUGAGAUAACUUUUAAUCCCCGAAUGUUAAAUAGGUUGGGUAUUUGCUCCCUGCUCCGACGGGGUUCGUUUAAAUUUUUAUAUAUUGUUGUAAUAUUUAUAUGUAUUUUAUAUAUUUCUUAUGUGCUUUUGUAAUAUAGUAGUAAAAUUUUUAAUAUUUUAAUUUAAAUAUAAUUUAUGA